AUGGAGGCGAACUGCCCUUCGCUUCCGCCUUCCUCACAGCCCCUCUUGCCACCGGGGCUCGAAGGUGUGAACUCUCAGCGCGGCGACCGUUUGUCUCCGGGAGGGCAACGAACGUCGACAGCAGCAAGUCAACCAAGGGAGGCGCCGACUUCGGCUAGCCUCCACGUCUCUGGGUCCCCAGCCAAGUCUUCUGUGGCAAGCAAGGCUGUACGGACACCUGGCGAGCGUCUUGGCAGUACAUCCGAGUUUGCACCUGGCAGAGGAACUUACGUCAAGGACGAUUUCAUUUACGCCGCCAUUGUUGGACUCGAGCACGUCGGCCCACCUUCCCCCCGCCCGCCGACCAGCGCAGAGGGUACACGUGAAGAGAGCAAGGCUGCUGGGCUUCCCGUCCUUUCGGUCGUAUCCUCCGCGAAGUGCGCCGCCGUCCUCCCGACAACAGGCUGCUUUGUCCUCGCUCAGGUCACAAAGAUAUCCCAUCACCGCGUCGACUGCUCGAUUCUCGCCGUGGACGGCCAGACGUUAGCGGAGCCGUUCCGUGGUUUUAUCCGGUCGCAGGAUAUUCGGGAGACCGACGUGGACUCAGUUGACGUUCUGGAAUGUUACAAACCCGGCGAUGUCGUCCGAGCAAAGGUCAUAUCAGUGGGAGACGGUCGCUGCUACGUGCUUUCGACGGCCUCGGCAGAACUUGGUGUGCUCUUCGCUCAAGGCAAAGACGGCAGUCAGCUGCAACCUGUCACGUGCAAGCUCAUGCGUUGCGACGUUACCGGCCGCCUUCAGAAAAGAAAGGUGGCUGCUCCCGUUUUGCUCUCGUGA